AAAUACACCAAAAAUAAAAUGGUGAAAAUGAACUCAGAAAAUCAACAGAUUGUGGAAAAUGGCCAAACAGAGACUAUGCAGUGCAAAGAUGAGGAAACAAACAAUUCAGCCAAUGAUAAUGUUCAGUCAGUCCUUCAAAAAAGAGAACAGGAAACAGAAUUAACCAAAGAAAACAGGAAGGAGACUAAUGAAGGGGAUAACUUGUCUACAAAUGAAAAGGAAGACAGCAGAACAAUAAAAGAAAAUAAGGAUGUAAAUGUUAAAAAGAUUAUAGAACACCAGCUGGAAACCGAACAUGUGAAAGACAAUGCCAAAACAAGUGACACCUUAUCUCAAACUCAUAGUACAGGUAUUUGCACAGAACUACAAGAAACAGGAACUGAAACAAAACCCUUAAAAGAACAAGAGGAACUGUCAGAAGAAGAAAAACAGCACCACAAAAAUGAAAAAUACACCAAAAAUAAAAUGGUGAAAAUGAACUCAGAAAAUCAACAGAUUGUGGAAAAUGGCCAAACAGAGACUAUGCAGUGCAAAGAUGAGGAAACAAACAAUUCAGCCAAUGAUAAUGUUCAGUCAGUCCUUCAAAAAAGAGAACAGGAAACAGAAUUAACCAAAGAAAACAAGAAGGAGACUAAUGAAGGGGAUAAUUUGUCUACAAAUGAAAAGGAAGACAGCAGAACAAUAAAAGAAAAUAAGGAUGUAAAUGUUAAAAAGAUUAUAGAACACCAGCUGGAAACCGAACAUGUGAAAGACAAUGCCAAAACAAGUGACACCUUAUCUCAAAUGCAUAGUACAGGUAUUUGCACAGAACUACAAGAAACAGGAACUGAAACAAACCCCUUAAAAGAACAAGAGGAACUGUCAGAAGAAGAAAAACAGCACCACAAAAAUGAAAAAUUCACCAAAAAUAAAAUGGUGAAAAUGAACUCAGAAAAUCAACAGAUUGUGGAAAAUGACCAAACAGAGACUAUGCAGUGCAAAGAUGAGGAAACAAACAAUUCAGCCAAUGUUAAUGUUCAGUCAGUCCUUCAAAAAAGAGAACAGGAAACUGAAUUAACCAAAGAAAACAGGAAGGAGACUAAUGAAGGGCAUAAUUUGUCUACCAAUGAAAAGGAAGACAGCAGAACAAUAAAAGAAAAUGAGGAUGUAAAUGUUAAAAAGAUUAUAGAACACCAGCUGGAAACCGAACAUAUCAAAGACAAUGUCAAAACAAGUGACACCUUAUCUCAAACUCAUAGUACAGGUAUUUGCACAGAACUACAAGAAACAGGAACUGAAACAAAACCCUUAAAAGAACAAGAGGAACUGUCAGAGGAAGAAAAACAGCCGCACAAAAAUGAAAAAUACACCAAAAAUAAAAUGGUGAAAAUGAACUUAGAAAGUCAACAGAUUGUGGAAAAUGGCCAAACAGACACUAUGCAGUGCAAAGAUGAGGAAACAAACAAUUCAGCCAAUGAUAAUGUACAGUCUGUCCUUCAAAAAAGAGAACAGGAAACUGAAUUAACCAAAGAAAACAGGAAGGAGACUAAUGAAGGGGAUAAUUUGUCUACAAAUGAAAAGGAAGACAGCAGAACAAUAAAAGAAAAUGAGGAUGUAAAUGUUAAAAAGAUUAUAGAACACCAGCUGGAAACCGAACAUGUGAAAGACAAUGCCAAAACAAGUGACACCUUAUCUCAAACUCAUAGUACAGGUAUUUGCACAGAACUACAAGAAACCGGAACUGAAACAAAACCCUUAAAAGAACAAGAGGAACUGUCAGAAGAAGAAAAACAGCACCACAAAAAUGAAAAAUACACCAAAAAUAAAAUGGUGAAAAUGAACUCAGAAAAUCAACAGAUUGUGGAAAAUGGCCAAACAGAGACUAUGCAGUGCAAAGAUGAGGAAACAAACAAUUCAGCCAAUGUUAAUGUUCAGUCAGUCCUUCAAAAAAGAGAACAGGAAACUGAAUUAACCAAAGAAAACAGGAAGGAGACUAAUGAAGGGGAUAAUUUGUCUACAAAUGAAAAGGAAGACAGCAGAACAGUACAAGAAAAUGAGGAUGUAAAUGUUAAAAAGAUUAUAGAACACCAGCUGGAAACCGAACAUAUGAAAGACAAUGCCAAAACAAGUGACACCUUAUCUCAAACUCAUAGUACAGGUAUUUGCACAGAACUACAAGAAACAGGAACUGAAACAAAACCCUUAAAAGAACAAGAGGAACUGUCAGAAGAAGAAAAACAGCACCACAAAAAUGAAAAAUACAUCAAAAAUAAAAUGGUGAAAAUGAACUCAGAAAAUCAACAGAUUGUGGAAAAUGGCCAAACAGAGACUAUGCAGUGCAAAGAUGAGGAAACAAACAACUCAGCCAAUGUUAAUGUUCAGUCAGUCCUUCAAAAAAGAGAACAGGAAACUGAAUUAACCAAAGAAAACAGGAAGGAGACUAAUGAAGGGGAUAAUUUGUCUACAAAUGAAAAGGAAGACAGCAGAACAAUAAAAGAAAAUGAGGAUGUAAAUGUUAAAAAUAUUAUAGAACACCAGCUGGAAACCGCACAUGUGAAAGACAAUGCCAAAACAAGUGACACCUUAUCUCAAACUCGUAGUACAGGUAUUUGCACAGAACUACAAGAAACAGGAACUGAAACAAAACCCUUAAAAGAACAAGAGGAACUGUCAGAGGAAGAAAAACAGCCGCACAAAAAUGAAAAAUACACCAAAAAUAAAAUGGUGAAAAUGAACUUAGAAAAUCAACAGAUUGUGGAAAAUGGCCAAACAGACACUAUGCAGUGCAAAGAUGAGGACACAAACAAUUCAACCAAUGUUAAUGUUCAGUCAGUCCUUCAAAAAAGAGAACAGGAAACUGAAUUAACCAAAGAAAACAGGAAGGAGAUUAAUGAAGGGGAUAAUUUGUCUACCAAUGAAAAGGAAGACAGCAGAACAGUACAAGAAAAUGAGGAUGUAAAUGUUAAAAAUAUUAUAAAACACCAGCUGGAAACCGCACAUGUGAAAGACAAUGCCAAAACAAGUGACACCUUAUCUCAAACUCAUAGUACAGGAAUUUGCACAGAACUACAAGAAACAGGAACUGAAACAAAACCCUUAAAAGAACAAGAGGAACUGUCAGAGGAAGAAAAACAGCCGCACAAAAAUGAAAAAUACACCAAGAAUAAAAUGGUGAAAAUGAACUUAGAAAGUCAACAGAUUGUGGAAAAUGGCCAAACAGACACUAUGCAGGGCAAAGAUGAGGAAACAAACAAUUCAGCCAAUGUUAAUGUUCAGUCAGUCCUUCAAAAAAGAGAACAAGAAACUGAAUUCACCAAAGAAAACAGGAAGGAGACUAAUGAAGGGGAUAAUUUGUCUACAAAUGAAAAGGAAGACAGCAGAACAAUAAAAGAAAAUGAGGAUGUAAAUGUUAAAAAGAUUAUAGAACACCAGCUGGAAACCGAACAUAUCAAAGACAAUGUCAAAACAAGUGACACCUUAUCUCAAACUCAUAGUACAGGUAUUUGCACAGAACUACAAGAAACAGGAACUGAAACAAAACCCUUAAAAGAACAAGAGGAACUGUCAGAAGAAGAAAAACAGCACCACAAAAAUGAAAAAUACACCAAAAAUAAAAUGGUGAAAAUGAACUCAGAAAAUCAACAGAUUGUGGAAAAUGGCCAAACAGAGACUAUGCAGUGCAAAGAUGAGGAAACAAACAAUUCAGCCAAUGAUAAUGUUCAGUCAGUCCUUCAAAAAAGAGAACAGGAAACAGAAUUAACCAAAGAAAAAAGGAAGGAGACUAAUGAUAGGGAUAAUUUGUCUACAAAUGAAAAGGAAGACAGCAGAACAAUAAAAGAAAAUAAGGAUGUAAAUGUUAACAAGAUUAUAGAACACCAGCUGGAAACCGAACAUGUGAAAGACAAUGCCAAAACAAGUGACACCUUAUCUCAAACUCAUAGUACAGGAAUUUGCACAGAACUACAAGAAACAGGAACUGAAACAAAACCCUUAAAAGAACAAGUGGAACUGUCAGAAGAAGAAAAACAGCACCACAAAAAUGAAAAAUACACCAAAAAUAAAAUGGUGAAAAUGAACUCAGAAAAUCAACAGAUUGUGGAAAAUGGCCAAACAGAGACUAUGCAGUGCAAAUAUGAGGAAACAAACAAUUCAGCCAAUGAUAAUGUACAGUCUGUCCUUCAAAAAAGAGAACAGGAAACUGAAUUAACCAAAGAAAACAGGAAGGAGACUAAUGAAGGGGAUAAUUUGUCUACAAAUGAAAAGGAAGACAGCAGAACAAUAAAAGAAAAUGAGGAUGUAAAUGUUAAAAAGAUUGUAGAACACCAGCUGGAAACCAAACAUAUGAAAGACAAUGCCAAAACAAGUGACACCUUAUCUCAAACUCAUAGUACAGGUAUUUGCACAGAACUACAAGAAACAGGAACUGAAACAAAACCCUUAAAAGAACAAGAGGAACUAUCAGAAAAAGAAAAACAGCACCACAAAAAUGAAAAAUACACCAAAAAAUAAAAUGGUGAAAAUGAACUCAGAAAAUCAACAGAUUGUGGAAAAUGGCCAAACAGAGACUAUGCAGUGCAAAGAUGAGGAAACAAACAACUCAGCCUAUGUUAAUGUUCAGUCAGUCCUUCAAAAAAGAGAACAGGAAACUGAAUUAAACAAAGAAAACAGGAAGGAGACUAAUGAAGGGGAUAAUUUGUCUACAAAUGAAAAGGAAGACAGCAGAACAAUAAAAGAAAAUGAGGAUGUAAAUGUUAAAAAGAUUGUGGAAAAUCAGCACCAAAUAGAAUGUGUGAAAGACAAUCCUGAAACAAGUGACACCUCAUCUCAAACUCAUAUUACAGGUACUUGCACAGAACUGCUAUUCCCAUCCCAGAUUAAACUGUCUAUGUUUGUACUCUACAUACUCUGUCUCCCCUUGGCAGCUGUCACCACACUUUCAUUGGGAGCUUCUGUCUUUUUCUCUCUUUCUGUGUUCUUUUGUCUCCUUCUUCUUAUUUAUCUAGCCUUUUUCAUAUGAGCGCAUCACCACAGCUUAUACAACUUUAGUACUAUCUGUUCCCUUCCUAUUCAAACUAUGUAUCCUCUUGCCUCCCUGUCUCUUGUAUUCCCCCUCUCUAUCACUUUAUCUGACUGUACUUACUCUACCCCUUUCUUUUUUCCUAUUUAAAGUACUCGACAGUUACCCAACUAUUAACUUUAAAGCAUAAAACAAUAUCUUUGUCCUUGAACCCUCUCUCUCUCUUUGCAUCUCUGCAUUAAAAGUAAUUUGCAGAAUCAACAAACUGUUGAACAUAAACUUCAAACUGAGACCAUAAUGAAACUGAAGGGUAAGAAAACACAGAAAUCACCUGAUGUUUGCAGGUGUUCACACAGCACUCCAAGGAGCAUAGCAGGAAAGUAGAUUCCUCAAAGAAGAUAAGAAGCACAUGCUCGAAGAAGCCCAUUUGCCAACAAAUAAAAACAAUGAUAACGGAGCAAUUAAAGAAAUGGAGAAUUUGCAUGACAAACAGAUCAUGAAACAUGAUAAACAGGCAGAGGCUAUGACAAUCAUCACUGAGAAAACAAAUAAUUUACUUCAAAGUCAGGUGAGUGUUAAAACACCCCCUUCAAAAAGAAAAGAAGGCAUUAAUAUCAUCAAAGAAGAUAGAAAACAAGCACACAAACAGCAGCUGCUCAGAAAUGAAAAUGAUAGCAGUAGGACAGAGAAAGAAAUGGUUUCCAGGAUGAAAAUAUUUGGAAUAUUAUAGGAAAUGUUACAACGUAAGAUCUAUUGCUGAGGAAACAGGGAAUACAUUUCAAAUUCAAAUGACAAAUAUACAGAUAGUAAAUUGAGUAAAAUAAGAGAAAUUUAAAGAAUAGAAGAAAGAAAUGAAGCAAGCAUAUGAACAAAAGUAGUUGCUGAAAAAUCAAAAUAGCUGUAUCAAUAGAAAUAUACAAGAAAGCAAACGUUUACUCAUGGAACAUAAUCAACACACUGGGACUAAAAGGCAAAAUGCUAUGGGAAUGGAGUAUUCAGUUCAGACUCCAAUUGCAGAUGUUUGCACAGUACUACAAAAAGGAAAAGAUGGUAUUAAAAUCUUCAAAGAAGAAACUAAGAAUGGAAGGAUGAAAAGCAAAUGAAAGAAGCAAAAAGAUUAAACGACUAACAGGUUGUGAAACAUCAUGAGCAAAGUGAAUGCUAAAGAAUGGGAAACUUUACCUCAAACUGAAAUGAAAGGUAUUUAUGUAGAAUCCGGAGAAAGAAAAGAGGGAAUUAGACUCUCAGAAGAAUAAAAAGGACAGACCAGUGAAGAAAAUCAGAUGAUCAGAAAUGGAAACUGCAACAUGAGUAUAAAGACUAAACCAAAGAAUUUAGAAAAUCAACAAAUUGCCGGACAUGAUCUUCAAGCUGUGACUGAGGGGUAAAGGACUCAUGAAACAAAUAAAGUGCUUGAUAUUACAAAACUUCAGAAAAUACCUAAAGAAAUAAAACAGUAAACUAGAGUCUUUCAUGAAGAAAACAGUAAAGUAUUGAAUGCACACAACAAACAUACACAAGAAGGAAACCAUUUGUUUAGAAAUGAAAAUGAUUGUAGGACAAUGAAAGAAAUGGAUUGUUUGCAUAACAGACAUAUUGUAGAACAUAAUCAACAUUAUGAUGCAGUCAGACCCAGUGCUGAAGAAACAAAUAACUCACUUCAACAAAUAACAAAUGUUCAAACACCACUCUCAAAGCCAUGGGAAAUUAAUACCAUAAAAGAAGGAACAAAACAAGCACAGGAACAUAAACUUUUAUUUGGAAAUGAAAAUGCUAAUAUCAACAGAGAAAAGGAGAGAAAUCACUGAAGUGAUGAAAAGAUUCUGGACAAUCAUAUGGCAGUUGAGAAUAUAUCACUAGCUGCUGGGGAUAUAAAAAAUCCACUUGAAACUCAAAGGGAAAUGUUUGGAUAGUAAAACCAAAAAGAAAAGCACAAACUAAUAUCUUAAAAGAA